AUGUCUUUCAACACUGCGAAUAGCCGCGGACUCAACGAUGCUAGGAUCUCUCCCUCCAAGGGAUGUGAUGACGAUCUAUCCGUGCGAUUAAAACAGUAUUACAAAAAUAUCAGAAUUGCCUACUUAAAUACUAACAGCGUCGCUGGCUUUAAAUUUCAAGAAGUAAAAUCUGUUAUUCUACAAGGGCUAUUUGACAUUGUCAUUCUUGCUGAAACGGAAAUUGACGCUGCUUUUCCUGACUCACAGUUUUAUAUUAAAGGAUUCAGGAUGUUUCGUAAAGACAGGAACAGACAUGGUGGAGGACUUCUGAUAUAUACCAGAAGAGAAUUAAUUAUUCUCAGAGUCUCUCACCUAGAGUGUGUAAACAUCGAGACAAUUGCUCUAAGUUUUCAAACGAGAAAGAAUGGUCCUAAAGCUCUACUAAUGGGUACCUACAGACCUCCCAAUCUAUCUAAAUCAGUCUGGGAAUCUCAACUUAAGAACAUGUUACUUCGUCCUGGUCGAUUUUAUAAUAUAUUUCUUGUUGGAGAUUUGAAUUGUGAUUUACUGAAUCCUGACGGAGGGGCCAAGGAUGGUCGUGCUCUUAUUGAUUUAAUGGAAGUCUAUCGCAUAUCCAGUCUGAUAAAAGAACCUACAAGAAUCACUAAUACUUCUACUUCACUGAUUGACGUUAAAUUUACAUCUAGACCGCGAUCAUUUCUGUCUUCUGGAGUCUAUGAUACAGAUACAAGUGAUCACAGUUUGGUUUAUGCUGUAAUGAGAUCUCAUUGUCCAAGACCUUGUAUGGAAAUUGAGAACAAAAGAAACUUCAAACACUUUGACCAAGAUGUUUUCUCAAGAGACGUCAGUCAAAUUCCUUUUCAUGUCGCCUAUGUCUUUGAUGAUGUUGACGAUGUUGCGUGGGCUUGGGGAAAAAUGUUCACGGGUCUUCUUGACGAACACGCUCCUGUUAAGAAAAGGCUGAUUAAGCGGGAGCAUGUUCCCUUCAUGACCACUGAACUACUUGGUGCUAUUCGUUGUCGACGCAGAUUGAAACAAACAUACUAUGCAACAAAAGAUCUCGCAGACUGGCAAAACAAAAAGAACAGUGGUGACAACACCAUAACUCUUAAAGAAGAUAAGGAACUUAUUACUGACAAUAACGUCAUAGCUACGAGGUUUAAAGACCAUUUUUCUAAAAUUCAAAACGAUAGUGCUGAUUAUGCAAUGAUGGGAAGUUCCUAUUGUUCUGACAGUCAUCCAAGCAUUUCUGCAAUACGAAAUAAUUGUCCUAAUAUAAAGAGCUUUAACUUUCAGCUAAUCAGUCCUGCAGAAGUACAACAGGUUGUAGGUAAUCUUGAACCAAAUAAGGCCACUGGUCAUGACGGGAUUCCUGCGAAAAUCUUACGGGACUGUUCAAAGGAGUUAGCUUUACCUCUUGCUAACCUAUUCAACUUUUCUAUUGUAUCUGAAUGUUUCCCGAGUGACUGGAAGUUAGCAGAAGUCUGUCCUGUAUUCAAGAAGGAUGACCCUACGAACAUAUGUAACUAUAGACCGGUAUCUAUAUUGAUUAAUUUAGAUAAGACCUUUGAAAAAUGUCUGAAUCGUCAAGUAGUGGAGCACUUUGCAGAAAUUUUAUCACCGUUUCUCUCAGCCUAUCGAAGAGGUUAUAGCUGUGAGGCAGUGCUUCUCCAUCUUAUCGAAUCAUGGAGGCAAGACUUGGACAAAGGAAAGACUGUUGGUUCAGUGUUGUUGGAUUUAAGUAAAGCCUUUGAUCUCAUCCCUCACAACCUGUUGAUGGACAAGCUGAAGGCGUAUGGUCUUUCUGCCCAAAGUCUUAACCUAAUUAAAGAUUAUCUUAGAGGACGGAGACAGCUUGUUAAAGUGGCCAAUGCCAAGUCUGACAUUGUCAAGAUUCACAGAGGAGUUCCACAAAGGGUCUGUUUUAGGCCCCUUGUUCUUUAA